AUGUUUGUAACCUUUCGCCAUAAUCAGGAUAAAGACUCGUUGGACGCAGUGAGAGAAACCACCGAUCCACCAGUUCCCAAAGGCGCACAAUCCGACGCAUGCCGUAGGUGCAGAGAGAAAAAGCUCAGAUGUACUGGAGAGAGGAGUGGGUGCGAUCGGUGUUUGGCCAACGGAUGGCAAUGUACCUAUCCGGGAAGGCUACGAUCAAGACAAAAUUCACUGGCCACAACUGGCAAACGAAAGUCCUCUAGCACGACAGAUCCGGGGGUCCAAAGAUCGACCGAAAGCAAAAGGUCUCUUCCUAGGGCUCGCACGCACUCCCAGUCUAUGACACCAUCGACGUGCCCUGACGAUUCGGCAAUAACAACCGCGAACGAGAUGAUCAACUUUAACGAUAAUUCAUGGCAGAUCGAGGCAAUGCAAAUACCACCUUCCCCAAGAGCAAGCCCCGAACUCUUUCCGAUGGAUGCCAUGUCUAGCUGGAGCAUGCUCAACGGCGGUCACGAUCACAGCUUUAGCUUGAGUGGCCAAGGCCACAUACAGCAAGAUGCUACUGAUGGAUUGGCGAUGAACUUGGACUUCGACGUUGACGAAAUCCUUUCCAUGCCAGGAAUACUUUCAUCGGAUACGCGGUCGCUGGAUGCAAGCCCGACCGACAGGAGCAUCGAAAUGGGUCAGCAAACCGUGCUGGGUGCACAGCAAAGCUCACGCACAGUCAUCACCGUCUAUCCAAACUCGAUCGAAGAAGCCAUCCAGCAGCAGUCAAUCUGCCCUUACGGAUCAUCAAUGCACAGCAAAUGCUCUACGCGUUCUAGAGGUCUUAAUGGCUGGCCCGAAAACCCAAGUGACUGUGGAGGACCUCCUGCGAUCCCUCGCAAACGCGAAGAGCAGUGCGCGCUCUCUGGCGAAGCUGGCCAGGUGCAGCAUGUGCAUAGAAUGCUCACCAUUCUUGGUUUUGAUGGUGAUCAACAUCAAUGCUCUAUUGGAUGCCGUCGAUAACGCACUCAAGCUCCUAAGCGACCAUAACAUCAGAGCUGAGGCUUCGGUCUGGAACCAAUAUGGCGUCGACACCGCGGAAGAGUUUGGUAGGAUGUAUAGCCCACUUCUCC